UUUCAAUCUCAGGGCGAUUUCUCUUUUAAAGUUCUGCUCGUUUCCCCAAAUUUACGAGAUUUUAAUUAAUUUUAGAGAGUUUUCAACCAUUUUCAUCACAUUUGAAGAACAUAACCAGUGAAGAUCAUGAUCAAUUCCGGGAAAUUAGCUGGAAAAACGCUUUUCAUAUCGGGAGCAAGUCGCGGCAUCGGAAAAGCGAUCGCUCUGAAGGCGGCUCGAGAUGGAGCUAAUAUCGUAAUUGCGGCAAAAACAGCAACAGCGCAUCCUAAAUUGCCGGGAACCAUUUAUACGGCAGCAGAAGAGGUUGAAGCUGCCGGGGGCAAGGCUUUGCCGUGCAUCGUUGACAUUCGGGAUGAGCAACAAGUGCGAAAUGCCGUUCAAGAAGCUGCUGCCAAGUUCGGAGGCAUCGAUAUUGUGGUCAAUAAUGCUUCGGCAAUCUCGUUGACGCCCACAGCUGCCACGGAUAUGAAACGGUACGACUUGAUGCAUAACAUUAACACGCGAGGAACGUUCCUCGUGACUAAAGAAUGUUUGCCUUUCUUGCAAAAGUCGUCACAUCCUCAUGUUUUGAAUAUUUCUCCGCCUUUGAACAUGUCUCCCUUCUGGUUUGGCAUGCAUGUCGCUUACACAAUGGCGAAAUACGGCAUGUCGAUGUGCGUUUUGGGUCAUGCCCAAGAAUUCAAGGAUUUGGGUAUCGGCGUUAAUGCUUUGUGGCCCAAAACUGCCAUUCAUACCGCUGCUAUCGAGAUGUUGACAGGUCCCGAUUCGAAUGCAUGGUCUCGCAAACCCGAAAUUAUGGCAGAUGCUGCUUACGAGAUUUUAACGCGUGACCCCAAAAAGACGACGGGCAACUUUUACGUCGACGAAGACGUUUUACGUGAAGCCGGAGUCACAGAUUUCACGGAUUACGCUUGCGUUAAAGAGAAUGCCGACAAAUUGAUGCCCGAUUUCUUCUUGGAUGUCCCGCCAGAACUCAUGAAAGAGUAUGCCGGUAAAAUGUCGCCCGAAUCAGGGCUUGAUGCGAAAAAAGCCGCUGCUGCUACUGGAGGCAAAAUCGAAGGACUUUUUCAGAAAAUUGAGUCGCUCAUGAGUGAAGAAGUCGUGAAACGCGUCAAUGCCGUUUAUCAGUUUAACGUUAAAGGCGAAGAAGCGGGCGUUUGGUUCUGCGAUCUCAAAAAUGGCGCUGGAUCGUGCGGAAGAGGCGAGCCAAAAGUUAGUCCUGAUGCGACACUUACGAUGAGCGAUAAGAACUUUUUCGAUAUGUUUGCGGGAAAAUUGAAGCCAGCAAGUGCAUUUAUGACGGGAAAGUUGAAGAUUUCGGGAGACUUGAAGAAGGCAAUGGCACUCGAAAAAUUGAUGGCGAGUCUCAAGGCGAAACUUUAAAAUGUAAAUUUGCAAUUUGGAUCGAAUCCCGGUGAAAGGACUGAUCUACUUUUAUUAAAAAAUAUAAUUUUUAAGUUUAACGUUCUAUUGAAAAGUCUGUCCUUAUUUGCUUUGACAAAGUCAUUUAAUCUUUUUUUGUUGUAUUUUUUUGAAGAACUGUUAAUAAAUUUUUAUAUUAUAAAAUAUUUAGAAAAAAAAUUAAAUUUUACUUAAGA